AUGUCCGACACCGAUUCCCCCGUCGACAUGAGCCCUGGCUCCCCUGUCGGUCGUCAGUCCGAGGAACUUCUCGAUCACCGUAACCAACCCCACAACCUCCCUCGUGGCCGCUCCAACAGCCUCGUUCCGCCUUCUCCGGCUGUUCAUCCCAUUUCGUCUCCUCGCGUUCUUGCGCAACGUGUUGGGACUGACAAUGUUGACGUCGACGUCGACGAAGCCAGGUUAGAUGCGGAAAGUGCCAUGGCCUAUGCGAGGCGAAGCAACAAAAGCGAUGAUACCGCCGUCGAGCGCAUCAUCGUCGAGGAAGCACUUUCUCCUCCCCCUUCUUCCCGCGACGGACCCCAGUCUGCGGCCCGUCCGCGACGUGAGACGAACGACCGCUUCAUGGAGGUUCGUCCGAGUCCGAUGAGGGAGAUUUCGGACCCCAACAAUGGAGGUACGGCUACCAGGUCCAGGAUCAUUGAUUUUCAGGACGUUAGGCCGCAGAGGAGAAGGUCUUCUUCGUCUUCUGGGUCGACGACUUCCCGUCGUAGCUGGAACAACAGGAAUGACCUCGUCCGUACUCCCUCUGGUAACCGCCGCACCCGCGCCGGUACCAUUGAUCCCUUCCCCUUGGUGAAGGAUGAUGAUGCGGUCAGCCGUGUUGACUCUAACCACACUGCUCAACCCGCCGAAGAGGAUGUUUGUUUCCCGAUGUCUGACGAGCCUUCCGCGCCGGGUAUCAUCGACUUCGACGAGAUCGAGGAGUUCGUGGAGGAGGAAAGGGCGCGUCGCGGGAGUUUCAUGAGUGAGGAGGGCGGGAGUGCUGGUUCCAGCCAGGGCCAUAGCCGGAAGUACUCGAGCUCGUCUGCUUUUAGGGCGAGGAUGUAUCCGUAUGGUGCUGGUGGAUACGCAGGAUACGGAGGAGAUGGAAGGGAUGGGAGUGCGAUUGCGGAUGAGGAUGACAUUGACUUGGAGAAGCAGACGAUUGCGAUUGAUCAUGCUAUGACUAAGGCUUCUGCUGCGCUUCCGGAGUUAAGGAAGACGAACACGGUUGAGACUACGAUGGGAGGUAUCUCCGGUCUUGAUGAGGGUGAGAGGGAGAAAGAGAAGCCGGAGCGUUUCUCGUUCUUUAAUUCGGAGAUGGAUGAGACGAUUCAUGCCGUUACCAUGGGAGAUUUGACGCAGGAGGGUCAGUCCUUCCGCGAUUUGUUCUCGGCGCAGAAUGGGACGUGGUGGUUGGAUUGUCUUAAUCCUUCGGACGCGGAGAUGAGGAUGUUGGCGAAGGCUUUCGGUAUCCAUCCCUUGACGGCUGAAGAUAUUCGUACCCAGGAGACUCGUGAGAAGGUUGAGUUGUUCAAGUCCUAUUACUUUGUCUGUUUCCGUUCUUUCGAGGCGGAUCCGAGCAAUGAGGAGUAUCUCGAGCCCGUCAACCACUAUCUGGUUGUGUUCAGGGAUGGAAUACUCUCUUUCCACUUCUCGCCUUCUCCGCACCCGGCGAACGUGCGCAGGCGUAUCCGUCAGUUGAGGGAUUACAUCAGUGUUUCGAGCGAUUGGAUUGGGUAUGCGCUCAUUGACGACAUCACCGAUUCUUUUGCUCCGCUUGUGGCAAGGAUUGAGAGGGAGACGGAGUUGAUCGAGGACGCUGUCUUGACUGCUCGUGCGGAGGACCACAAUGAGAUGCUGAGGCGCAUGGGCGAGUGUCGCAGGGUUGUCAUGGGUUUGAUAAGGUUGCUUGGUGGAAAGGCGGAUGUGAUCAAGAUGUUUGCGAAGAGGUGUAACGAACACUGGGAUGUCGCCCCGAAAUCCGAGAUCGGGCUCUAUUUGGGCGAUAUUCAGGACCAUUUGAUCACGAUGUUUUCUUCCCUCUCGCAGUUCGAGAAGAUCCUCUCUCGCUCGCACUCUAACUACCUCGCUCAACUCUCCGUCGACUCGAUCAUGUCGAACAACCGCGUCAAUGUGGUGCUUAGCCGCAUUACUGUCAUUGGUACGAUUUUGGUGCCGAUGAACAUCAUUACGGGUUUGUUUGGUAUGAACGUGCAUGUUCCUGGGAUGGAGCAGCCUACAUUUGCGUGGUUUGGAGGAAUUUGUGCGUUCAUGGUGUUGAUUAUUUCGGCUGGGAUGUACUUUGCGAGGAGGGCCAGGGUCAUCUGA